UAGCCAGAGCCCAGAGGAGAGAGGAGAGCGCUCUCUCCUCCUCUCUGCGUCUGCGUGGCAUUUAUGGCCUUGGUCAUCUCAUCCCUACGGCCCCAGCGCAGCAGCAGGCGGCUUGGCGCUCUCUUCUUCUCCGUCGUCUUCUCUCUCCCCUCCUCCUCCUCUGCCGAGAGAGCUGCUGAGCUGCCAAGGUCGGAGGACUAUUAAUGGCGGCGUAGCGUAGCUCACCUGCCCCCUCCGCCCCGCCCCCUCCCCCCAUGCACUCCCCUCCUCCGCAGAGCCAGCGUAAAUGCCCCCGCGCACCAGCUCGCCCGAUCCAAUGCCCCAUUAUUACCACGACGACCACCCACUAGCCAGUAGCCACUAGCAACAAGCCGAGCGCGCGGCGAACUCCGAGGAUAAAUACGGAGGCAGCAGCUCGUGUGCAGCUAGCUUCGCCUUCUUCCACGGCUACCUUGCACACCGGCGGUAUAGCCACUCUUGGUCGCCGUCGUUCCUCCGUGGCACGUCUGAAUGGCGACGACACGGCGGCGUGGGGCGGCGGUUGUCGUGUCGGGCGUUCUGCUGGUAGUGAUCGCCAGCUGCGUGAUGCUGGCUGGAGGUGCCGCCGCUGCCGGCGCCGGCGCCGGAGUGGAGGAGUGCGAGGAGAGGGCCCGCGUCGGCGACCGCGUCGAGGCGCUGCCGGGGCAGCCACCGGUGGCGUUCGCGCAGUACUCCGGGUACGUGACGGUGAACGAGGAGCGCGGCCGCGCGCUCUUCUACUGGCUCACCGAGGCCGACGGCGAUGCGGCCAGCAAGCCCCUCGUGCUCUGGCUCAACGGAGGUCCUGGAUGCUCUUCGGUGGCCUAUGGAGCAUCUGAAGAAAUAGGCCCGUUCCGGAUCAAACCCAACGGGACAGGCCUCUUUCUGAACAAGUACUCAUGGAACAGAGAAGCAAACCUUCUCUUCCUCGAAUCGCCUGCCGGGGUCGGCUUCUCCUACACCAACACCACCUCGGAUCUCAAGACAACAGGCGACGAGAGAACUGCUCAAGAUGCACUGCAGUUCUUGAUCAGUUGGAUGUCACGGUUCCCGCAGUAUCGGCACCGGGAUUUCUACAUAGCUGGAGAAAGUUACGCUGGCCACUACGUCCCCCAACUGGCAAGGAAGAUUGUUGAGUACAACAGGGCUUCGCCAUACCCCUUCAUCAACCUGAAGGGAAUCCUUGUAGGCAAUGCAGUCACUGACAACUACUACGACAACAUUGGCACGGUCACCUACUGGUGGACGCACGCCAUGAUCUCCGACCGCACCUACAAGGCCAUCCUCAAGUCGUGCAACUUCAGCAGCACCAACAUCUCUCGCUUCUGCAACCGUGCCAUGAACUACGCCAUGAACCAAGAGUUCGGCGACAUUGACCAGUACAGCAUCUACACCCCGUCCUGCGCCGCGGCCAGGGCCAACGCCACCGUGCUCAGGUUCAAGAACACCCUCAUCCGCCGGCGAUCCUUCGGCUACGACCCCUGCACGGAGACCUACGCCGAGAAGUACUACAACAGGCUGGACGUGCAGAAGGCAAUGCAUGCAAACACAACGAGGAUCCCCUACAGAUGGACUGCCUGCAGUGAUGUGCUGAUCAAGACAUGGCAAGAUUCAGAGUUCUCCAUGCUGCCAACUUACAAGAUGCUGAUGAAAACUGGAGUGAGGAUAUGGGUGUUCAGUGGCGAUACAGAUUCAGUUGUCCCGGUUACCGCUACAAGGUUUGCAAUCAGCCAUCUUGGUCUGAAGAUCAAGAUCCGCUGGUACCCAUGGUACUCGGCUGGACAGGUAGGAGGAUGGUCAGAAGUGUACGAAGGGCUCACUUUCGCUUCGGUGAGGGGUGCAGGGCACGAGGUGCCGCUGUUUCAGCCCAGGAGGGCGUUCAGGAUGUUCCAGUCGUUCUUGGCUGGGGAGCCAUUGCCCAAAUCCUGAAGGUUCAUACAAAAACUGUUGUGUACCUGAUGUCUAGCUACAGUCUGAACAAAAUGUAAAAGAUGGAUGAGAAGGUGGUGGGAGAGUGUUUGCAGGUAGAAAAUAAUUAGUAGUUGAUAGGCGUGAAGUUCAUAGCUGAGUUGUAAUUGAUUGGGGUUGGGAAAGGGAUGAGGGGAUAAUAAGGAUGGUCAUGCCAUGGAAACCAUGAGCAUUGUGAUGAUGAGCAAAUAAAUUUCAAGAAUCUCACCCUCGAUGUGUUUCAUCACUA